AUGGUUUUGGUGAUGAUUACGAAAAGUAUUUACGAUGAUAAGAAAAGAAAAACUGAAGAUAUCAAAAUUGAAGACGACGGUUUGAUGGAACCUCCGACACCAAGAAAAUUACCAAUUAUUGGACAUCUUCACUUACUUGGAGGGUAUGAAGUUCCGUAUCAAGCGUUCAGUGCUAUUGGACAGAAAUUCGGGGAUAUCGUUAACCUUAAACUUGGAGAAGUAAAGUGUGUAGUGGUGAAUGGACAGAAAAAUAUUAGGGAAGGUUUAGUAACUAAAGGAAAUCAUUUCGAUUCACGACCUGCCUUCGAAAGAUACCAGCAACUUUUUGACGGAAACAAAGAAAAUUCUUUGGCAUUUUGUGAUUGGUCAGAUAUCCAAAAAGCAAGAAGAGAUAUGCUGAAAACUCAUACUUUUCCAAGAUCUUUCACAAACACCUUCUUCAGUCUCGAAAAGCUCAUAGCUACCGAAACUGAAAACAUGAUUUCUCAAAUCAUACCCGAUACUACUACUGACUUGAAACAAAUCAUAUUAAAAAAUUGUGCCAAUAUAUUUUUGAGUUACUUUUGUUCAAAAAAGUUCGAUAUUGAAGAUAAAAAAUUUGUACAGCUGGUAGAAAACUUUGAUGAAAUAUUUUAUGAAGUUAACCAGGGGUACGCUGCUGAUUUUCUACCAUUUCUGAAUCCACUUUUAAGGAAGAAUUUGAACAGAAUGAAGAUCAUAACACACGAGAUAAGAUCUUUUGUUGAACGUGAAAUUAUAGAAAAGCGUUAUGAGGAAUUUGAUACGAGCUCAGAUGCUACUGACUAUGUUGAGAGUUUAAUAAAAUACGUAAAAACAGAUGGGGCGGAUUUUGAUUGGGAAACCGCUCUUUUUGCACUCGAAGAUAUUAUUGGGGGACAUUCAGCCGUUGGUAACUUUUUAAUGAAAGUUUUUGGAUUCCUAGUAAAUGAGCCAGAAGUUCAAAUGAAAAUACAACAAGAGAUAGAUCAGAAUAUUGGUCGUGACAGAAACGUUACAAUCGGGGAUAGAAAUUGCAUGCCGUAUACUGAAGCCGUUAUAUUUGAAGCCAUUAGACUGAUAGCAUCACCAAUUGUGCCAAGGGUGGCUAACAAAGAUAGUUCUAUUAAUGGCUAUAGGAUUGAGAAAGGAUCCGUACUUUUUUUGAAUAACUAUGAACUCAAUAUGUCCGAAGAAUUAUGGGAAUCACCCAAGAAAUUCAUGCCCGAAAGGUUUUUAAGGAAUGGUAGUAUAUUCAAACCUGAAUACUUUUUACCAUUUGGAGGAGGAAGAAGGAGCUGCUUAGGUUAUAGGAUGGUUCAAUUAAUAUCAUUUGGAGUUGUUGGUUCUUUUUUGCAACACUUCACGAUUAAAGCAGUAGAAAAUGAAAUUUAUAAAGUUCCUAUUGGCUCCCUUGCCCUUAAAAAAGAUACUUUUAAAUUCAAAUUUGUUUCGAGAUAA